UCUCUCUCUCAAUCGCGACACUCGUAAUUCUCUCUGUCAAGUCUUUUCACAGGACAGCAGACAGAAAAUGUCCCUCGCUUCUUGCAAGGGAAAGCUCGUGUAUGAUAUUACAAGGAUUGAGGGAUUUAUUUUCGGAUAAUUUGACUUUUCAUUUGCCGUUACGAGAUCGCAAAUGGGUUAGAAGUAUUUUACAUGCGGGGGAAGAUGUUAUCGAGGGCAGCGAGACGUGGUAAAGUGUUCUGCGCUCCGCAAGAAAAUUCUGAUAAAACAGUUUCCGGCGAGAUACCCGCGGAAGCGGGAGAUUGGCGCGAGUUCUCGCGCAAAAUAGCGGCCGCUUAAACUUUUGAAUGCCGUUAAUAUUACGUAAAUAACGCGCGCGCCGCUCGAGGAAAUAUUAAAAGCAACGAGAUAUCUUCGAGGUUGCAGCCAGGCGAACCCGCUUCGUGAACGAUCAUUUAUACGUCUUCUCGAUGUAACUGCCGUCGCCGUUAAAAUAGUUAUACUACGUCUUUGCGCAGAAACCAUAAUUGCGCAAUAUUCGAGACAAUCAGGAGCUUGCUCCUGCGUACAGUCCAGCGGACCAGCCGAGCGUGAAAUUCUUCCCUCAGGCGUCUCCCUGCCAUUUUUUCAGUGCCAUCUCCAGACCGCGUCUGUAAUUUUCCAAUUGUCACGGAUAUAAGCACCGAUUGAGCGCGGACACUCGACGCGAUUAUCUCGAGCGGAUCGAAGUCGGCCGGUUUUGCAGCCCUCGUCUGUCAUGCACGCGCGUCUCCGCGUCUCUGCCAGGAGGACGAAUACAAGAGAGAAAGAGCUGCUGAGGGCUGUUGAAGCAGAAGCGGCGCAGCAGAAGAGGCGGUGGUAAGCUCGGGGGCACGUGCACGUGCGAUCACUCGCGGCGACCGUGCACGGGGCGCACGUGGCCCCAGUCGCCACCGCGCGGUCAGGUGGCCGUCGGAGGCAGGAUGAACUUCAGGAAGUCGUGCCGUAGCCGAGCGUCACGCGCCGCCACUUCCGGCGUCAGCAGACUCCACAGGCAGCCAAGGCGGAAGCAGUCGGCGAGAAUCAGGAAAUGCAUGUGUCUGCCGUCUAAUUACGCCCACGUGGAGUUCCCUGUGGUCUGGUCCGAGCUCAGGGCUAAUCAGCAGCUGUGCGACGGUGCUAUAAGAUGCGCAGGGGAUCGAGUUUUCCCGGUACAUCGCGCCAUACUAUCCGCGGUGAGCCCGUACUUCAAGGCGCUCUUCACCAACAGUCUGAGAGGCGGCAAAACCGAGACGACGGAAAUCACCAUCAACUCCGUCCCCGGGGAGAUCUUCAGUCUGAUUCUCGACUACGCCUACACGGGCACCUGCAACGUCAACGCCGACAACGUCGAGCAAUUGUUACCGCUCGCCGAUCAGUUCGAGGUGCUCGGCAUCGUGCAGCUCUGCUGUCAGUUUCUGCUGCAAGAGCUGCGGCCGGACAAUUGCUUAGGUAUCUUUAAAUUCGCGUGCCACUACUUCUGCCGCGAUCUCGAGAAACAAGGCCGGAAGUACAUACGUCACCACUUCAAGCAGAUACUGCAGGAGAGCGGGGAACUGAAGGAUCUUCUUUGCGACGAGCUGGAGGCGAUAUUGAGCGACGACGAGCUCAACGUUAAAAACGAGGAGAUCGUGUUUGACGCCGUCAAGACAUGGGUCGAGAGCAGGGUCGACGAGAGACGAGUCUACUUGCCUAGGUUGCUGAAAUGCAUACGUUACGGCCUCAUGACUCAUAAGUACUUCGUUAAUAACGUCGUCAGCUGGAAGCUCGUCGAGGGGAAUGAUGCCUGCCAGAAGACGCUGCUGCCGGUGAAUGCUUAUUUAACCGAGCAGGACUCGAGGCAGAACGGCGGGGAGAUCGAUCUGAGGAAUCCCCUGGCGAGGCCGCGUGUACCGCACGAAAUUCUCUUCGCGAUCGGCGGAUGGAGCGCCGGUUUGCCGACCAAUUUUGUGGAGACUUACGACACGAGAGCUGACAGGUGGUUUCUAUCAGUGAGCACGGACGUAACGCCGAGGGCUUAUCACGGAUUAUGCACCCUGAACAAUCUCAUCUACAUGAUCGGUGGAUACGACGGUAACGAGCACUUCAACACGGUCCGAUGUUUCGACCCGGUAACAAAAGAAUGGCGCGAACGAGCCUGCAUGUAUCAUGUUAGGUGUUACGUCAGCGUUUGCACGCACGGCGGCAAGAUUUACGCGCUCGGCGGAUUCAACGGUCGCACGAGGAUGAGUUCCGGCGAGCGAUAUGAGCCGCGGAAGAACCAAUGGGAAAUGAUCCCGUCCAUGCACCGGCAACGAUCGGACGCCAGCGCGGCGGCGCUCCACGACAAGAUCUACAUCGUCGGCGGCUUCAACGGCCAAGAGGUCCUCAACUCGGCCGAGGUCUUCGACGUGGAGACCAAUCAAUGGAGCAACAUCCACGCGAUGAUCAGCCCGCGAUCCGGCGUCUGUCUCGUCGCGUUUCGCGACAGUCUCUACGCUCUCGGAGGGUUCAGCGGUGUCGUGAGACUGAGUUCCGGGGAGCGCUACACUCCAAACCAUUCUGACCAAUGGCACGAGGUGUCGGAGAUGUUUAGCCCGCGCAGCAAUUUCGCCACGGCGAUCCUCGACGAUAUGAUUUUCGUCAUUGGCGGUUACAACGGAUCGAGCACGGUCGCGUACGUCGAGUGUUACGACGCGGACUACAAUGAAUGGUACGACGCAUCCCCCAUGAAUCUCAGUCGCAGCGCUCUCAGUGCCUGCGUGAUAGCCGGUUUAGAGAACGCGCGCGAGUAUUCCUAUCUGGACAAAGCUCGGGAUCUUGGCCAAGGGCAAGCGACGUCGAAGAGUGAGGAAAAGUCCGGUCAACCUGGCGAGGUUUCCGUCGAGACUAACGUCAUAAUCGCCGUGGACGAGGGUGGCCAGAUGAACGUAAGCGAGCUGGUGGGUCCCAUAGACGGUGUGGCUGAUGGUAUCGGAAAUUUCUACGAGGAGGAGAUGCGGGACGAGCUGCUGUACGUUGCACAGGAGCUCGAUUAA